AUGGACUGCUCAAUAUGCUUCGAUAGUUUAUCAAGUGGAACAACAGCAGCAGUGAAAUGUGGACACGUAUUCCACUUGAUAUGCAUACAGAAGUGGUUGCAACACACUCACUCCAAUAAACACUGUCCAGCGUGUCGAUACGCCAUUCACACCCAACACGACCUCAUAAAGCUCCACCUCGGCGAUAGCGAUGAAAGCAGGGAUGUGAAAGUGGAGAAGCUCUUGGAUAUAUCACGCAAGAUCCACUCACUCACUCUCAAACGCGAUCAAGGCAGUCUAAGAGUGAUAUUCGAAGAUAUUCUGCAGAUCGUCAGUGGAUGCGAUAUAAACGAUGAAAAUACAGCAAAGUUACUCAGGAUUCUCUCAAAAGAACUUAGAGGUUUGAAUGAGCGUCUUGAUCAGAGCAGGACGGUAGCUGAGUUGAACGAUAAGAUAGCGUCGCUUAGUGAUCUACUAGCCACAUUCGACGCACACAAGAAAAAGGAAAUAGGGAAACUUAAACUCGAUCACACUAAACAGCUGGCUAGAAUCUCCGCUGAGGAGGUACACCUCCGCCACAGCUACGAGAAAUCUCUGGCUGAUAACGCCAAAGUUAAGAAAGAUCACAGCUUACAUAUCACAAUGAAGGAUGAUAGACUGGCGCAGAUGGAGAGAAAUGAGAGCAGACUACGUGGUUUGCUCAGCGAUAGUGAGACAGCACAGAAUAGAUUCAAGAGUAAUAUCACGGAAUGGAAGAGGAAAUACGACAAAUUGCAGAAAAAGAAAGAUGAGAGGGGUAACGGGGGUGAGAAAGGUGGCAGUGAUAGCGCUUCAAACAAUGUCACACCAAGCACUUGCACAUCUAAAGCCAUCCACAUCGAUUCGAGCGACGCAGAAGUAGAAUCUCCCAUUGCACAAAACAAAUUGAAACGCACCAACAAACGCAAGUCAGAUGACGUGCUCAUUCUACCACCCGACGACGACGUCGAUCUCGCUCUCGACGAACCCUUACCCUCAUUCGCAGUGAAGAAGCGUGCUACGGGGGCUGGCGUUACUCAGGGACCAGUAUCAGGACCUAAAAAAGGUCCCAAGGUUUUGUCGAUAUCGCGCAACACACUUAAACAACCCACUCACUCCGCUAUACCUUCAAACUCCCUACUAGCAUUAGGACCUAAGAUGCACAAGAAGAUACCCACACACCCUCCGUACAAGCGGUAA